CGCACUUCACAUGCUAAUUGAACCUCGUCUUAGCUCCCUCUAUAAUUACUAUUUUUUCUUGUUAACAGUUUUCUAAAAGAAAAAUGUCCGCCCAGGCUGAGCCUCAGGAGCAGGAGGAGUUUGAUAAAUUCUUCACCGUGUUUGACGGCUCCUCUCCGGAGGAUGUGUCCCACGCCCGGCAGCUGUGGAGCUCGCUGUCCCUCCUGCCGCCGCUGGAGUCCCGGCUGGUGUCCGCAGACAUCCAUCAGAGACUGCCGGUGUCCCGGCCGCAGCGGAGCAGCAGCAGCACCGGUCCCAGACAGUCCGCCCCGGAGCCGCCAUGUAUCCCUGCUCUCCGGCAGAGACGGGAGGAGAGACAGCGGUAUGUAGCCAUGGCCGACCAGAGGAGGGAGAUCCUGGCUCUGCUGAGGAGGCAGAGGGAGCAGAGGAUCCAGAAGGAGCUGCUCUCUGUGGCCUUUAAACCGAAGGUGAAGCUCGGUAGAGAAAAAAUGGUGAAGCUGCGCAAACCUUCAGACUCUGAGAUGGACGAGGAGCUGGUGAAGCAGCUGCAAUGAAAGGACUGAGAUUAAGUGACAGUGUUUAUCUAAAAAGGAGUUGUGAAGUUUGUACAACUCUUAAAUGCUUAUUGACCUGUAUGCUUUAAAGCAGAUUAAGGAGAAACUGUGAAGUCUGGUCUUGAGGCAAAUUUCAAAAUACACAGUGUACCUCAAAGUUCCUCCUGCAUAUUUUAUCUGUUAUGAUCAAG